AUGCGACUCCUAGGCCUGUCGACUGUUCUCUCUCUCGCGUUGGCGACUUUGGCUGCCAACCACAACGCCCGUUUGAACCGCGUCAACCACGGCGAAAUUGCAAAGAGGGCUGCGGUGGACAACACCCACAACGAGACCACCAACGGAACUGCUUUGCAGAAGCGGUUCGAGGGCUCCAAGUGGACCUGGUACGACGCGCAAACUGGUAACGCUGGUGCUUGCGGUCAAUACAUCCAGAACUCGGACUGGGCUGUCGCUUUGAAUACCCCUCAAUACGGCGGCGGCUACCCUGGCCCCAACUGCUUCAGAUAUGUUACCUUGCGCUACAACGGCAGGACCGCUCGGGCCCAGAUCCUUGACCAGUGCCCUGGCUGCCCUUGGGGUGGACUCGACUUGACCCCUGAUCUGUUCGCCUACUUCGCCCCCCACGGCGCAGGUAUCAUAUACGGCUCUUGGGACUUCGACGACGGCCAACCUGCCCCGCCCCCGGAACCCACUACCACUUGGCAACCUCCCCCCGAGCCUACCACCACUUGGCAGCCUCCUCCUCCUCCUCCUACUACCACCUGGCAGCCUCCCCCCGAGCCCACUACGACCUGGCAAGCUCCUACCCCCACCACGACCUGGCAACCCCCUCCCAGCAGCUCCAGCGUUCCCAGCAGCAGCAGCGCUCCCUCCUCGAGCAGUGCAGCUUCCUCCUCGGCCUUCCGUAGCGCCAGCGCGAGCGCAUCCGCCAGCGGCUCUGGAGCCGCACGGCCCUCUGGAAGUGCUGCCACCGGUUCGCUCGUUGGCGGAGGCAGUGGAAGGCAAAGUGGUGUCCUUGCUGACAUCUCCGAGGUCUUUGUUGCCUUUGGCAACCUCGCUGUCGAUGGAGCAGCCAUCCGCAACUAA